GCAGGAAAGAGGUAUCGCGUCGAUGCUCUCGGCUCUCGGCAGUAAGCAAAAUGGCGUCAUUGUGGACGGUGAUGUCGUUCGCGUUUUCCUUGCUACUGACACCCUUCCUCAUGCUGUUGCUGGCGAUUGUAUUCCUCGCUUCCAUCGGCAAGUCUCUCGGUGUACGUAGGCUGUACAUCAAGCUGUUGCUGGCCCUCUUCGAGUACGGCAGACAAAACAUAGAAAAUGUAAAGAAGAGAAAUGGUAAUCGGGAUGCAGAUGAAAAUCUUAGUACAGAAGAGGGAUUCGAGUCACCGACGAUCAUGGAAAAAAAUUCAACAAUAACAUCGACAAAAGCAGAAAAUGGGUGUGCGGGCAACUCGGUGAUAGCCAGAUCGAAGGACUUCAUCUUAGUCCCAGAGCCAGAAAUGCACAAUCACAAGAAUCACGUUCAAGAAUCGAAUCUAAAAAACGAUCAACAAAAAACAUCAACGAUCGAUGAAGUCAAAGAGGACAGCCUAGAUCACAAAAAUUCGUUUGAAACACUAAAAGCCGGAUUUGCGCCAACAAGCUGCCUGGACUACAUCAGAGCGGGCGUUGAAGCUAUCAUAGAGGAUGAAGUGACAUCGCGAUUUGAAGCAGAAGAACUUAAGAACUGGAAUCUAUUAACACGAACGAAUAGAUAUUAUGAAUUUAUUUCCUGGAAGUUAACUUUCAUAUGGAUGUUCGGAUUCGUCAUGCGUUAUUGCUUCCUUCUGCCCUUAAGGAUAUUUAUUUGCUUUGUAGGGGUACUGUAUCUCGUAAUCGUAACAUGUUUAAUCGGCUUUUUAUCGAACGGCCGCGUAAAACAUUGGGCGAACAACCAGGCCUCCCUUAUUGCGUUCAGAAUAAUGUCACGUUCUAUUUUGGGUAUGAUCACAAUUCACAACCCAGAGUACAAACCAAAAAACGGAGGAGUGUGCGUGGCGAAUCAUACGUCCACUCUCGAUAUCUGCAUCUUAUCCACGCUAACGACAUUCUCUUUGAUAGGUCAGAGACAUGGUGGUUUCUUAGGAAUAUUACAAAGAGCUCUCGCUCGUGCCUCUCCACAUAUAUGGUUUGAACGCUCUGAAGUCAAAGACAGAGAAGCAGUUGCAAAGAGAUUAAAGAAGCAUGUAUCAGAUCCCACAAAUCCACCAAUACUCAUCUUUCCAGAGGGUACAUGUAUCAACAAUACAUCAGUUAUGCAAUUUAAAAAGGGCAGUUUUGAAGUGGACAGCGUUAUUUAUCCUGUGGCCAUAAAAUACGAUCCAAGAUUUGGCGAUGCAUUUUGGAAUAGCAGUCGAUAUUCGAUGAUACAAUAUUUGUAUAUGAUGAUGUCGAGCUGGGCGAUAGUUUGCGAUGUUUGGUAUCUCCCUCCUAUGUAUAGAAAGGAGGGGGAGAGUGCCAUCGAUUUUGCGAAUCGGGUGAAAUCUGUGAUAGCGCGGCAAGGUGGUCUCGUCGAUCUGCAAUGGGAUGGUCAAUUGAAGAGGAUGAAGCCAAAGAAGGAAUGGAGGGAAAAGCAGCAAGAGGAAUUCAGUAAACGAUUUAAAAUUGAAUAAACUCAUUGUUUCUAGUCAUUUUUAACACUUCAUAAUGCACAUAUUACAUGAUAUUUGUUUGUUUAAACAAAAUCAUUUCAUUUAAUUGGCUCGGUAAUCACACAUUGUUUUUCUGCAUCCAUCAUCAUCAUCAUCAUCAUCACCAAGGAAAUCUAUGUUCCAUUAGUUUGCAUCAAGUUUUAGAUGUAGAUCUUCGCAGAUAUGACAGUUUGCACUUUCUUGGCAAAUUUCUAAAUGCGAAUAGAUUGACAGCUAUAAUUUUGACGCGCGCAAAGUAACGUUAUAUUGUGUACAUUUAUAAUUAUGUGAAUGUAACUUUUUAAUUUAAUUUUUAGACAGUUAUGCGAUAUGGCUUAGAUGCGUUGACAGAUUCAAAUUUUCAUUUAGUUAAGUUCUCAAGAAGUGCAAACAUGAUAUUUGCUAGUUUUUAAUGCUAAUAAGGUUCAAUGAUUGCAAAAAGGCAUUACGAA